AUGGCGAAGAUCCACGAAUCUCAUUUCAAGGCAGAUCGAUCACGGUUCAUGCGCAACACAGCGAAACAAGGACAGGUCGACGUGGGCACGAGUUACUGGAGGAACUGGCAGAUUGUGUACAAGCGUCAGGACUAUGGCAACUUCAACCAGACCUCGACCGCUGCUGCUGCCGCCAUCCAGUACGCUCCUCUGUCCAGCUCCAGCUCUUCGGUUGUCGCCCCCAUCAACACUGCCGGUUCUUCGUCUGUUGAGGCCUCUUCGGUUGCCAUUCCUCUCUCCACUGGCGCAUACGAGAGCUCUGCCGCUGCUGUCGAGACCAGCGCUGCUGCUUCCAGCUCGGUCGUCGCUCCUCUGAGCACUGGUGUCUCUGCUUACCCUAGCAUCCACACCAAUGCUGCCUUCGGUACUGGCGCUUACGGUUCUGGUGUCACCUCUGCUCCCGCCGCUGGCGCAACUGGUUCCGAGGUUGUCACUGCCUACACCACCUUCACCACUGAUGUGACUCUCACCUACACCAUUGGCGGUGGCUCGACCAAGUCUGUCAUCACCACCACUAUCCACAAGACUUCGACUGCCUACCAGACCCAGACUGUCUACGCCACUCCUGCUGCUUCCUCUAGCGCUGCCGCUGGCUCUGCCGAUGAGUCUGAGGACUCUACCUCGACCACCACUCUUUCGACCACCAGCACUACCACUAACACCGUCACUGUUUCGCCCACCUCCACCGGCUCUUACUUGAGCUUCUGGGGCGAGAAGGCUGCUGUUACCGGUUACGGCUCAAGCUAUGGUGCUCCUGGUACCGGCGCCAGCGCAACUGAUGCUGGCUGUGCUCCUGCUUCCACUGUCACCGUCACUGCCAACGAGACUGUCUACGUCACCGUUGACGCUGCCAUGAGCACUGUUGCCCAGAGCACUGCCACUGGCGCUAGCGUUGUCCCCAAGCAGAGCAGCGCUGCUCCUUACUACCCUAUGAGCUCUGGUGCUUCCAGCUCUUCUAGCUGCGCCUCUACUGGUUUCAUCACCAUCCACAGGCCCUCGGGCGCCGCAUACCCCACCUCUUACUAG